CCGAUCGAAACCUAUCCACAUACAGCCGGGGCAACAUCGCCCGAUUUCCGGAAUGUCCAGCCAGGUGCUCGCCAAGAAGGGCCAGUCCAGAGGAGGCGAGGAUAAGAACAAGGACAAGGAGGAGGACAAGGACAAGGAUGAGCGGCGGAUGAAGAGGGAGGCGCAGAGGGGACGGAGGCAGUCGGCGGGGGACGCCGAAGCCUUAACCGAGAAGCGCUUGACCGAGGAUCGGGCGAGUGGCAAUUCGAUCGACCGCCUCGGGAGCGACGCCACCGCCCUCACGGAUCGGGUGAGCGAUGCCAACGAGGGAAGCAUCACGGGUGCGCCGGAGAAGGGCGGGUUGAUGGGGAAGAGCGGCAGCCAAGUCACCUACGGGGGCAAAAAGAUGUCCAAGAUCAGGCUGAACAUCAACGCCAACAAGUCGAUCACCUCGACGACGGCGGGAAAGUCGCGCAACGCCAGCACCACGAAGAUCACCACCGGAGCCUCGCUCAUCCCCGACCUCAAUCUGAUCAUCAACCGGAUGCGCAGCAAGCCCGACGACUCCUUCGUCUACAUGGACUACAUGCUGCCCCACGACAGCGAGUACUUCACCCCGUACAGUCUGCGCCUGGUGGAGUACAAGGAGCUGAACACCUACGAGCCCUUCUACACGGUCACCCGGCACGGGGUCACCUUCUGGCACUGCUCCGAGAACUUCUUCACCCCGCUCGACCAGUGGCAGCAGGAGUUCGAGCAGUUCCUCAGCAUCAUCCAGAUCCGCUCCUUCUCCAUCUUCCGGUUGUGGAAGGGAUUCAAGGUCUGGGAGAAGACGAUCAAGUGGCGAAAACUAAACGAGGCGCGCGACUAUCUGCAGAACAACCUGUUCAUCGUGAUUCCCCAGUUGGCCAAGGCGAUCCUGCGCAUGCGCAGCGAUAUUGUUCAGUUGCAGCGGCUGAACUUUGUCAAUGUCACAAACAUCGAGAACUGGCAUCCAUUCUACUUCCUAGAGUUGCACAUGCGGAUCUACGAACAGCUGCACAAGACAUUCACCGACUUUCGGGAGUUUAUUGGAACGACCAUUUUUCGAGCCUGCACUGAAGCCAUCCAGGCACGCGGCUUCUAUCCGGAUGACGAGAUCAACUACUACCCGUCCCUGAAAAAGAUGCGCGAGGCGCACAGCUUCAUGGAUCGGGCUCGUAAGCGAGCCUUUUGCAAGACCCUGACCAAUUUCCUCACCUACUGCGACAUGAUGGUCUACCAAAUGCUGUACCGCAUCACGAUCAAGAGCUUUGCCGACUUGGCCGAAGCCUUCGAGGUGCACGAUGAAGUUGGUCCUUCUGAGGCGGAUAUCAACCGACACGAUCGGGUGGACAAGAAGAUUGAGAGGACUCGACCACCGGAGAAGCCGCAGAGUCCCUUCUUUUUGGCCAUGCUGCGUCUGCUCCCAGAUCGCAUUGAUGUGGAGCCCUCGGAGGAUGUGAUCAGGAUCAUUUUCCAGCGCAUCACUGGACUUAUCCUCGAGACAGUCCUCGAGAUCCACCCGUUCACCACGGAUCCCUUCUUCACGCAGUACACUCAGCCCUCGAUUAUGGGUCGACAGGAGGAAAUCCUAUAUGAAGGUGCUCCUGAUCUUCACUAUCUAUUGCGCAGUGACCAAAGUUUUCAAUUCAACCGCAAAAACAUGUUCGUCUUGAUACACAGGGCCUACGAAAAGGCCAAACUUUACACACAGAGGUUCCAGCAGAUCCGAGAGAACUUCGAGAUAGACAACAGUACGGAUCCGACGGUUCUCAACACCGAGAGAGAUCUUCAGAUCCUGCGGGCUUACUGCGAUAGAUACUGCAACAAUGUGAGGGCGUUGGACGGGAUCUUGGAGUUUGUGUUCCUGGGACUACUGAAGCUCAACCAGACGAACUUCAAGGACACGGUGACGCCAGUUUGCUCCCGGCUGCAGAACAUCCUGGCCACCUACCUGCCCAAGCUGGCCGAGGAGGAGACCACGAGGCUCUACGAGGAAGCCCAGGACUUCUACGGCAGGAUCUGCUACGAGCCGCACGAAACGCUGGAAAUUGUGGCCCACAUUCGAUUCCUGGACAAGUGCUCCUCCGAACUGGACGAGAUAUUCAGUGGCAUCGACUACGUGCACGACCUCCUGCUGAUCAUCAAGGACUUCGGCAUUCCGAUCGACGACGAGUCCAAGGAGGACUACAUGGACACCGAGGACUACUUGAACCGCACGCGCGAGACGCUGGAGGAGAUCAGGGAGAAGCGGCAGGACUUCAUCAAUCGACUCGAGGACGCCAUGCAGGACGAUAUCGCGGCGCUCAAGGAGGAGAUCCACGAGGUGGCCGUGGAAGCUCUGCAGCCCUGGCUGCUGGAUGCCAAUUCGAACCGAUUGUCGGUGACGAACAAGCUGGAUGCGAUGCUGGAACACCUGAACAGGUGUCGCGAGACGGCGGACGAGUUCCUGGGCUACCAGAAGGAGUUCCAGAUCGAUCUGACCAUGUACGAGGAGAUGGCCAGCGGCUUCUACGACAUCCGGAUGCGGCAGAACCUGUACCGCACUUGGGCCGACUGGGAGGAGUCGCUGGCCGAGUGGAUUGUGGCCGACUUCAACACCCUGGCGGUGGCGGACAUGGUGGAGCUGAAUGCCAAGACCAUCAAGAACUGCCUGCAGUUCCAGAAGUAUCUGCCUGAAAACAACAUUGUGCCGGUGCUCCAGAAGUCUGCAGAAGCCUUCAAGGAGAAGCUUCCUGUCAUUGGCUACCUGAGAAAUCCAAACUUGAGAGCUCGCCACUGGGCGGAGAUCGAGGACCUGCUGAACCGCAAGUUCUUCCAGGAGAAGGACAUCAUUAUCCAGACGUACGAGGACGUGCACGCAUUCGAUGACCCCGCCAUCGCCGAGGCGCUCAUGCAGGUUUCCUCGCAGGCCACCGGCGAGGUUCAGCUGGAGAACAUGCUGAAGGCCAUCGAGACCACCUGGAAGGAGACGGAGCUGGCCAUUGUGCCGCACCACGAUGCCAAGGACGUGUUCAUCCUGGCCGGCACCGAGGAGCUGCAGGCCGUCCUGGACGACUCCAAUGUGAACAUCAACACCAUUGCCGCCUCCAAGUUCGUGGGACCCAUCAAGGGCAAGGUGGACGAGUGGAUCGCAGCCAUGGAUCAGUUUGCCAAGACCUUCGAAAGCUGGAUGGAUUGCCAGGGCGCCUGGAUUUACCUGGAGGCCAUCUUCGCCUCGGCGGACAUCCAGCGCCAAUUGCCGCAGGAGGCCAAGAUGUUCUUCACGGUGGACAAGAGCUUCAAGGAGACGGUUCGCCAGGCGAAGAAGGUGUCCCUGGCCCUGCCCACCAUGUCCAGUGUGGAUGUGUACAAGGUCCUGGUGGAGAACAACCGGCUGCUGGACCUCAUCUCGCGCGGCUUGGAGGCCUAUUUGGAGGUGAAGCGAGUGGUGUUCCCCAGGUUCUACUUCCUGUCCAACGACGAACUCCUGGAGAUCCUGGCGCAGACGCGGAUCCCGCAGGCGGUGCAGCCGCACUUGCGCAAGUGCUUCGACGCGAUCUACCGCCUGGAGUUCGGGCUGAAGGAGGGCGGCGACGGCAAGAUGGUGCCCACCAACGACAUCGUGGCCUUCCUGUCGCCCGAGGGCGAGAAGCUGCAGUUCGGCAAGGGACUGAAGGCCCGAGGAGCCGUGGAGGAGUGGCUCAGCAAGGUGGAGGAGGCGAUGUUCGUGUCCGUGAAGCGGUACAUGCGCUUCGGCUACCAGUGCUAUCCGGCCAAGGAGCGCGAGGACUGGUUCCAGGAUCACCCCAACCAGGUGGUGCUCACCGUGUCGCAGGUCCAGUGGGCAGCUGACAUCCACCGGAUCUACGAGGGCAAGGAGCGCAAUCCGCUGAACAUCCUCGAGAAGAUGGGCAAGUUCGAGAUCAAGUGCCUCAAGGAUCUUGGUGCUCUGGCUGCCCUGACCAGGAAGAGCAUCAGCUCGCUCCUGCGGAAGAUCCUCUGCGCUCUCAUCACCAUCGAUGUCCAUGCGAAGGAUUCAGUGCGCAUGCUGAUCGAGAAGGAGGUUUGCAAGCCCUCCGACUUCAACUGGCUGAAGAUGCUGCGCUUCUACUGGGCAGACGAAACGGAGACGGUUUACUCCCGCAUGGCGGCGGCGAACAUUCCGUACUACUACGAGUACUUGGGAGCCGGUGGAGUCCUGGUGCUCACCCCGCUGACCGAUCGCUGCUACCUCUGUUUGAUGGGCGCCUUCCAGAUGGACCUCGGCGGAGCCCCGGCUGGGCCAGCUGGCACGGGAAAGACCGAGACCACCAAGGAUCUGGCCAAGGCGCUGGCCAAGCAGUGCGUCGUCUUCAACUGCUCCGACGGCCUGGACUACAAGAUGAUGGGUCGCUUCUUCUCCGGACUGGCGCAGUGCGGUGCCUGGUGCUGCUUCGACGAGUUCAACCGCAUCGACAUCGAGGUCUUGUCCGUCAUCGCCCAGCAGCUGAUCACCAUCCGGACCGCCAAGGCCAUGAAGGUGAAGCGGUUCAUCUUCGAGGGUCGGGAGAUCAAGAUCAACCGGUCGUGCUGCGUGUUCAUCACGAUGAAUCCCGGAUACGCGGGUCGAACCGAGCUGCCGGACAACCUGAAGGCCCUCUUCCGACCCAUCUCGAUGAUGGUGCCCGACUACGCGCUCAUCUCGGAGGUGAUCCUGUACUCGGAGGGUUUCGAGGACCCCAAGAUCCUGGCGCGGAAGAUGGUGCAGAUGUACCAGCUGUGCAGCCAGCAACUCAGCCAGCAGAACCACUACGACUUCGGCAUGCGAGCCGUCAAAUCCGUCCUGGUGAUGGCAGGAGCUCUGAAGCGCGCCUCGCCCAACCAGCGGGAGGACAUCACCCUGAUCGCCGCCCUGCGCGACUCCAACAUCCCCAAGUUCCUGGCGGACGACGCAGUUCUCUUCCGCGGAAUCCUCAGCGAUCUGUUCCCUGGAGUCGAGCUGCCGGACUCGCAACAUCCCCAUCUGGAGGCCAGUCUGCGGCUGGGGCUGCGCCAGAAGUUCCUCCAGCCGGUGCCCACCACCAUAAGGAAGUGCCUGCAGCUCUACGAGACGAUGUGCGUCCGCUGGGGCGUCAUGCUGGUCGGACCCACCGGCGGGGGAAAGUCAGUGGUGCUGCACGCCCUCGAGUUCGCCUUGGCUCACCUCUUCGAGAACGAGGUGCAGGACCCCAACUUCCGGCCAGUGGUCAUCCAGACCAUGAACCCCAAGGCGGUCACCAUGAACGAGCUGUACGGCUACGUCGACGCCAAGACGCUCGAGUGGCAGGACGGACUGCUCGGCUUGGCGGUGCGAACAGCCACCACGGUGGAAGACGAGAUCCACCAGUGGAUCAUGUGCGACGGGCCUGUGGACGCGGUGUGGAUCGAGAAUCUGAACACGGUGCUGGACGACAACAAGAUGCUCUGCCUGGCGAACUCGGAGCGCAUCAAGCUGACCGCCUGGAUCCACAUGCUCUUCGAGGUGCAGGACCUGCUACAGGCCUCCCCGGCUACCGUCUCCCGCUGCGGAAUGGUGUACGUGGACCCGGGAGACCUCGGCUGGCUGCCCCUGAUCGACACCUGGCGGGAGGUGGACAUGGAGCGCAAGCUGCCCGCUCCGCUGGCCGAGUUCUGCUACCAGCUCUUCGUCGGCUACUUCGACAAGGCCCUGAAGAUCGAAAGGAAGCGGGCGGUGUACACCAUCCACCAGGUGCUCGGCUCCAAGGUGCGGCUCUGCUGCGAACUCACCUCCUCGCAGCUGGAGGGGCUCAAGUGGUCCGCCAUCGGCGAGGAGCCGGCCAAGGAGCUGCUCACCAAGAUCUUCGCCUGGGCGGUGCUCUGGGCCAUCGCCUCGAACCUCAAGGACGCCGAGAAGGUCUCCUUCGAGGAGCAGUGGAGCAAGGCCAUCGCCCAGCACCCGAACAUGAGCCUGCCGAACUACAGCAUGUGGAACUACCGCAUCGACCUGGAGAAGCUCGACUGGGGCAGCUGGCUGGACAUCAUGUCGAAGUUCUCCUUCGACCCGGACACCUCGUACUACGACAUGCAGGUGCCCACGGUGGACACCACUAAAUACGGCUACGUGUCGGAUCUGCUGUUCAAGCGCGGCAUGGCCGUGAUGGUGACAGGUGACACGGGAGUGGGCAAGACGGUGCUGGCCAUCAGCUGCAUGAAGCGCCUCUCCGAGGGCCGCGUCAUCCCGGUGAUCCUGAACUUCUCCGCGCAGACGAGCAGCGUGCGCACCCAGGAGAUGAUCGAGGGGCCGCUGGAGAAGCGCAAGAAGACGCAGCUGGGUGCUCCGGUGGGCAGGACGGUGAUCGUGUUCAUCGACGACGUGAACAUGCCCAAGCUGGACACCUACGGCGCCUCGCCGGCCAUCGAGCUGCUGCGCCAGUUCCUCGACUUCGGCGGCUUCUACGACCGCGAGAAGCUCUUCUGGAAGGAGAUCCUCGAUGUGGUCUUGGGAUGCGCCUGUGCUCCUCCCGGCGGAGGUCGCAAUCCACUGACGCCGCGCUUCGUCCGCCACUUCGCGCUCUUCUCGCUGCCGAAGCCGAACGAGGAGACACUCACGCAGAUCUUCAACGGAAUCCUCGGUGGGUUCCUGCAGACCUUCUCCUCGGCGGUGCGCGCUCUCUCCGAACCGAUGGUCAACGCCUGCGUGGACGUGUACAUGCGGGUGGCCACCGUGAUGCUGCCCACGCCGGACCGAUCGCACUACAUCUUCAACCUGCGCGACCUGUCCAAGUGCAUCCAGGGCAUCCUGCAGGCGAGCAACCUGCACUACAACCAGGAGAAGCAGAUCCUGCGCCUCUUCUACCACGAGACGACGCGCGUCUUCCACGACCGCCUGAUCAACCAGGACGACAAGCAGCUCUUCCAGUCGCUCAUGCGGGACGUCUGCCUGGACCACUUCAAUCGUCCGGUGGUCGAGGCGGACGAGCCCCCGAUCCUCUUCGGCGACUUUAUGGUCUUCGGCAAGCCGAAGAACGAGCGCAUCUACGACGAGAUCCGCGACCACGCCAAGCUGGAGAGCGUGCUCAACGACUACAUUGUGGACUACAACUCGGUGGCCGUCGGCAAGCAGAUGAAGCUGAUCCUCUUCCAGGACGCCAUGGAGCACACGGUGCGCCUCGCCCGACUCCUCCGCAGCGAUCGCGGCAACGGCCUCCUGGUGGGCGUGGCAGGAAUGGGAAAGCAGUCACUCACGCGACUCGCCUCCCACGUCAACGAGUACAACUGCUGGCAGAUCGAGAUGCGGCGCAACUACGACCUCAACGCCUUCCACGAGGACCUGCGAGUCCUCUACCGCAUCGCCGGAAUCGAAAACCAACCGGUGACCUUCCUCCUGAUCGACAGCCAGAUCGUGGAGGAGGAGUUCCUCGAGGACAUCAACAACAUUCUCAAUUCCGGCGAGGUGCCCAAUCUCUUCGAGGGCGACGAGUUCGAGAAGAUCAUUCUGGAGGCCCGUGAUGGUUGCAACGAGAACAGGAAAGACGAUCUCUGCACCCGCGAUGACAUCUACAAGUUCUUCAUUAACCGAGUGCGCAACAAUCUGCACGUGGUGAUGUCGAUGAGUCCGGUGGGCGAUGCCUUCCGCCGCAGAUGCCGCAUGUUCCCCUCGCUGGUCAACUGCACCACCAUCGACUGGUUCACCAGUUGGCCCACGGAGGCCCUCUACUCGGUGGCCCUCGGACUGCUGACGAAGAUCGCGCCCAAAAUGGAGGACCGUGUCUCGCUGGCCAGCACCACUGUGUUCAUGCACAAGACCGUCGAGGACGCCUCGGUGAAGUUCUACAAGGAGAUGAAGAGGCACUACUACACCACUCCAAGCAGCUAUCUGGAGUUGCUGAAGCUCUACCAGAACCUGCUGAAGAUCAAGAACAUGGAGAUCAUAGCGAAGCGAAAGCGGAUAGCCAACGGUCUGAACAAGUUGCUGGAGACCAACGAAGUGAUCGCUGUGAUGGGCAAGGAGCUCGAGGUGAUGGUGCCCCAGCUGGACGAGAAGUCGGCCAUGAUGAAGUCCCUGGUGGACAACCUGACCAAGGAGACCAAGCAGGCGGACGCGGUGAAGCAGAGCGUGCUGGAGGACGAGAUGAACGCCAAGGAGAAGGCGGCGGUGGCCCAGGCGAUCUCCGAGGACGCCGGCAAGGACCUGGAGAUCGCGAUGCCCGCUUUGCGCGAGGCCGAGGAGGCCCUCAAGGGACUCACCAAGGCGGACAUCAACGAGUUGAAGUCCUUCACCACGCCACCCGCUCUGGUGCAAUUCUGCAUGGAGGCCGUCUGCAUCCUGCUGGGAGUCAAACCCACUUGGGCAUCCGCCAAGGCCAUAAUGGCGGACAUCAACUUCAUCAAGCGGCUGUUCGAGUACGACAAGGAGCACAUGAAGGAGGACACCCUGAAGAAGGUCAAGAAGUACAUCGAUCACAAGGACUUCGUGCCUGCUAAAUUCGAGAAGGUCUCGAAGGUGGCCAAGUCGAUGAGCAUGUGGGUGAUCUCGAUGGACAAGUUCUCCAAGGUGUACAAGGUGGUGGAGCCGAAGAUCAAGCGCAAGGAGGCCGCCGAGGCGGAGCUGAAGGAGGUGAUGACGGUGCUGCGCCAGAAGCAGAAGGAGCUGGCCGCCGUGGAGGCCAAGAUCCAGGGGCUGCGCGACAGCCUCGAGGAGAAGCAGCGCGAGUUCCAGGUGAUCCAGGACAACGUGGACCUCACCUACGGCAGGAUCAACCGGGCGGGCAGGCUCACCUCGGCGCUCUCCGACGAGCAGGUUCGCUGGCGGGAGACGGUGAAGUCGCUCACUGGCGACCUGGCCUGCGUUCCCGGCGACGUCCUGGUGGCCGCCGCCUGCGUCGCCUACUUGGGAGCCUUCUCCCACGAGUACCGCCGCGACAUGAGUGCUCUGUGGGUGACCAAGUGCCGGGAGUACAAGAUCCCCUCGAGCCCCGAGUUCAACCUGCUGAAGGUGCUCGGCGAUCCGUACGAGAUGCGCCAGUGGAACGUGGACGGGCUGCCCAAGGACAAUAUCUCCAUUGAGAACGGCAUCUACGCCACCCGCGCCCUCCGCUGGGCCCUCAUGAUCGAUCCGCAGGAGCAGGCCAACCGCUGGAUCCGCAACAUGGAGCGGGCCAACAACCUGCAGGUGAUCAAGAUGACCGACGCCUCCAUGAUGCGCGUCCUCGAGAACAGCGUCCGCCAGGGCUACCCCGUUCUGCUCGAGGAGAUCAACGAGACGAUCGACCCCAGCCUGAGGCCCAUCCUCCAGCGGGAGACGUACCGCUUCGAGGGACGCACCUACCUCAAGCUGGGCGACAUGGUCAUCGACUACGACGACAACUUCAAGCUCUACAUGACCACCAAGCUGCCCAACCCGCACUACCUGCCCGAGGUCUGCAUCAACGUCACCCUCGUCAACUUCCUCGUCACCGAGAGCGGCCUCGAGGACCAGCUGCUGGCGGACAUUGUGGCCAUCGAGCUGCCCGCCAUGGAGAUCCAGCGAAACGAUCUGGUGGUCAAGAUCAACUCGGACAAACAACAACUGCUGGCAUUAGAGGACAAGGUGCUCAAGCUGCUCUUCAACUCCGAGGGCAACAUCCUCGAUGACGAGGAGCUGGUGGAGACACUCAACGAUGCAAAGGAAACAUCGCUGAUCAUCGCCGCCCGACUGAUCGACACCGAGGAGACGGAGAAGGUGAUCACGGCGUCGCGGGAGCGCUACCGCAUCCUGGCCUCCCGCGGGGCCAUCCUGUACUUCGUGGUGGCGGGUCUGGCGGAGAUCGACCCGAUGUACCAGUACAGCCUGAAGUACUUCACCCAGGUGUUCUGCAACGUGCUGCGGCAGGACCACCCGCCGCAGGCGGUGGAGGUGCGCAUCUCCACUCUGAUGACGGACGAGCUGAAGGCCAUCUUCGACAACAUAUCGCGUGGCCUGUUCGAGAACCACAAGAUCAUCUUCAGCUUCCUGCUGGCGCUCGCCGUGGAGCGGCAGGAGGGUCGGGUCACCGAGGACGAGUUCCUCUUCCUCACCCGCGGCCCCGUGGGCAACAUCCGGCCGAAGAAGAAGCCGGCCAACAUCGAAAUGAGCCAGAUCGAGUGGGACUCGUGCCUCUUCCUGGAGGACACCUUCCCCGCCUUCUUCGGCAACUUCACCAACGAGCUGGACAAGCCCUUCUUCAUCCAGCUGCAGGAGAACAAGGAGGUCUUCGACUUCGCCCAGACCAACCAGCCGCCCACGGACAAGUGGAACAAGCGGCUCCGCGUCUUCCACAAACUCAUGUUCAUCGGCGCCUUCCGCAAGCCGCGCUUCCUGCUCAACGUCGUCUGCUACCUCCAGUCCACCGUGGGCAAGUACUUCACCGAGGCCUCCGGCGGCACCCAGCUGAGCUCUGUCUACUUGGACACCUCCGCGGUGACGCCGCUGAUCUUCGUGCUGUCGACGGGCUCUGAUCCGAUGUCGGGCUUCCUGAAGUUCACCACCCAGAUGCAGUUCACGGACAAGUACUACUCGAUCUCGCUGGGCCAGGGACAGGGUCCGCUGGCGGAGAACCUGAUCGACAAGAGCCUGCGGAUGGGCCACUGGGUGUUCCUGCAGAACUGCCACCUGGCCACCUCGUUCAUGCAAACCCUGGAGACGAUCGUGCGCAACCUGACCCUCGGGAUCACGAAGGCGCACCCCGAAUUCCGACUCUACCUCUCCUCGAUGCCCAUCCAGACGUUCCCGAUCAGCGUGCUGCAGAACUCGGUGAAGAUCACCAACGAGCCGCCGAAGGGCAUCAAGGCGAACGUUUUCGGGGCGCUCGCUGAUCUCAAGCAGGACUUCUUCGAGCAGCACAUCCAGAACGGCAACUGGCGAGCCAUCGUGUUCGGACUCUGCAUGUUCCAUGCGGUUCUCCUGGAGCGGCGGAAGUUCGGACCGCUCGGGUGGAACAUCACCUACGAGUUCAGCGAGAGCGACCGCGACUGCGGCCUGAAGACGCUGGACUUCUUCAUCGACCGCGAGGUCCUGGACGAGAUCCCCUGGGAGGCGAUCCUCUACAUCAACGGGGACAUCACCUGGGGCGGCCGUGUGACGGAUUACUGGGAUCUGCGCUGUCUACGCACCAUCCUCACCAUCUUCUCCUCGAAGCGGAUCAUCCAGCCGGACUACAAGUACUGUCGCGGUGACAGUUAUUACCGCGAUCCGCGUCGCAAGACUCUCGCAGAGUACUCCACGUAUGUCCAGGGUUUCCCGGUGCUGGAGGACCCCGAGAUCUUCGGCAUGAACCAGAACGCCAACAUCGUGUUCCAGACCAAGGAGACGGCCUUCUUCAUCAGCACCCUGCUCCUCGGACAGCCGCGCUCCGCCGCCGACGAGGGUCAGGCCAUGGAGAACGAGAUCUGCCAGCAGACCAUCUCGCGCAUCCAGAAGGCCCUGGCCACCAAGAUCAAGCGGGAGCCCAUCCACGACACGCUCUCCAUGCUGGACUCGAAGGGCCAGGUGCCCUCGCUGACGAUUGUGCUGGUGCAGGAGAUCGACCGGUUCAACAUCGCACUGGGCAUCAUCCACGACAGCAUGGCGAACCUGGCGAAGGCGAUCAAGGGUCUGGUGGUGAUGUCCGAGGACCUGGAGAACGUGUUCAAGGCGCUGCUCAACAACCAGGUGCCCGCAUCCUGGGCCAAGCGGAGCUUCCUCUCGAUCAAGCCGCUGCCGAGCUACAUAGCCGACUUCCAGCGCCGGAUCGACUUCAUCCAGCAGUGGGCCGAGAACGGAGCACCGCGCUCCUACUGGAUCAGCGGCUUCUUCUUUCCGCAGUCCUUCCUCACCGGCGUCCUGCAGACCUACGCCCGCCGACGCAUCCUGCCCAUCGACUCGCUGAAGAUCGACUUCGAUGUGUUCGAGAAGGAGCUCAUCCAGCAGGAUUUCUUCGAGAUGCACAUGAACAACAUUAACGACCAAAAGCUGUACGGCAGCCUGCCGGAGUGCACGGAUGCGAUCAUCAACGUGCACGGAAUCUUCAUCGAGGCGGCUCGCUGGGACUUGAACAAAGGUGGCUUGUGCGACGCCAACUUCGGGGAGCUCUUCUGCCGGAUGCCGGUGGUGAGGUUUAAGCCCUGUUUGGAGGUUUCCCCUACGGUGCGCUACGAGGCUCCACUGUACAAGACCCAGCAGCGGUCCGGAGUGCUCUCCACCACGGGUCACUCGACCAACUUCAUCCUGGCGGUUCUCCUGCGCAGCAACAACGAUCCCGAGUUUUGGAUAAUGCGCGGUACCGCUUUGGUUUCCGGAGUCCUGGAAAACAUUUGCUAGACUUGCCAGACAUUCCAUACACUGCAAUUAGUUACUUUUUCAGUGUUUUUUGCUGCAUACUUCAAGCCGUCUUUAUUUCGUUACAUUUUCAUUCUUAAGUUUUUCCCGCGAAGGUGUACAUUACAUGGUGUGUGUGUGUAUGUGGAUAAGUUAACUACUCAGCUUAAGGCCUAGAUUGGUGAACCAUUCAUUAUAUGAUAGAGCGGUUUGUUUUUGAAAUCCCUGGAGAUUUCCGCUUCAACUGAAGGCACUGAAAUGUUUUCUCCUAAACAUUUGCUUGCCUUCUCUUCGAAAUCUCGAGAGAUUUCACAAACACAUCGUUGAGUAAUAAGUAGGUCCGAUUUUGUGCACCAGUUGUUCUUCGUAUCAAAAGCAAUUUUACACAUAAUAUUUGUUUAUUUUGAAGAGGCAAUGUAAAGCUCAAAACACGAGCUAGUUAUGGCAAAAAUUGACAAAGUCUUCAAUAAAUAUCCGACGAAAUGCCCUUAA